AUGGGUGUUAAAGAUAUAGUUCAUUACAGUAUUGACUUAGCGUUGUUGUCUAUGGUAUUGGCUGGAUUGCGUAGAAGUAACAAUUAUGUUGUCGCUUAUGAAAUGUCUGACUUGAAGAAUUAUAUUAAACGGUAUCUUGACUGGGGAGAAUACUUAUUCGAUAAGUUGGCUAACAUGGCUGAAAGAAGUGCUUAUUUUAGGAAACAGACUCCUUUUGACAAGUUCUUGGAUCAUAUGGAAAGAAAGCGUAACCUGUAG